ACUUCCGGGCCCACGGCGGAAGUGGCAGGGGCGGUGCCAUGGACAAAGGACUCCGCCUGGGAAGUGGGGCUCGAGGUACUGCAGAGCUUCCAACCAGAAUCUCAUUCUUUUUCCGCGAAGCACCCGAUACUGCCUGAGGCUUGAAUCCCACCCAAGGGACCACAUCUGAGAAAACCCAGCCUGUGUCUGCAGCAUCACCUUGAGUUCCUCGGAUGAUUCAGGGAUGGAGAAUCGUCAGCAGUGUUAAAUGUACACCAUCGACUUAGGAGAUGUCAUCUUUGCAAAGGAAAGGGCUGCAGGCAAGGAGUCUCAGCUCUGAGGAAGAGGAGAAACUGAAGCGGGACCAAGUUUUAGUGUCUGAUUUUAAGCAGCAAAAGCUGGAAAAAGAGGCUCAGAGGAACUGGGACCUUUUUUACAAAAGAAAUAGCACUCAUUUCUUCAAAGACAGACACUGGACCACCAGAGAGUUUGAGGAGCUCAGGUCAUGUAGAGAGUAUGAAGAUCAAAAAUUGAUUAUGCUUGAAGCUGGCUGUGGGGUUGGAAACUGUUUAUUCCCGCUUUUAGAAGAGGAUCGGAAUAUCUUUGCCUAUGCCUGUGAUUUUUCUCCACGAGCAGUUGAAUAUGUCAAGCAAAAUCCUUUAUACGACACAGACAGAUGCAAGGUAUUCCAGUGUGAUCUAACUAGAGAUGACCUUCUGGAGCACGUGCCCCCAGAGUCAGUGGAUGUUGUCACGUUGAUAUUUGUGCUCUCUGCGGUUCACCCCGAUAAGAUGCACCUAGUCUUACAGAACGUUUACAAGGUGUUAAAGCCAGGCAAAAGCGUCUUGUUUCGCGACUAUGGGCUCUAUGAUCAUGCCAUGCUUAGGUUUAAAGCCGGCAGCAAACUUGCAGAAAACUUCUAUGUUAGACAAGAUGGAACCAGAUCGUAUUUCUUCACUGACGACUUCCUGGCGCAGCUCUUUCUGGACACAGGCUACGAAGCAGAGGUGAACGAGUACGUGUUUCGUGAGACGGUGAAUAAAAAAGAAGGCCUGCGUGUGCCCAGGGUUUUCCUUCAGAGCAAGUUCCGCAAGGCUCCCAAGAGCCCAGUUCCUGGGGACCCAGGCCUGGGCCAGGAGUCCUGAUCUCUCCUGAGGUUGGCAUCUGUGCCUUCCCUUGGAGAGGAAAGUUUAAAGUCACUCUUUGUAUUUUGUGUAUCUUUAUAUCUUUUUUUAAAAUGAGGAUAUAUAAUUUUUAUAUUAAAAAGCAAAUGUGUGUGCAUUAUAGCAAUGUAAAUAAAAUUGCAAGGCCUAAAAGGUAGUUUUAUGGCAUAACACAGUUUAGCUGGUUUGUCUGAGAUUCCACAGAGGACAGCGUAGGGCCCUGGCACUUAGAUCCUCAGCAUUCGUUACUCUGUGAGUGGGCCUCCCGGCAGCACAUCAGACAGCCCUGCAGAAAAUGGGGCCAAACAGACAAAAAUAGCACAUCCAUGUGUAUUGUUAGCCUGAAGGAUUGUUCUCUUUACUUCUCUUCCCAGUGUCUCAUAUUUGCCCAUUUUUCUCUGCUUCUGCUCAUUCAUGUGCCCUUCAAGACCAGUAUUCCUCAGGUGCCACUUGUGGUCUCUCAAGAAUGCCCUGUAGCUCCCUACCUCAUUCUUGAGAGUCUCUGUAAUUGGGCCAGUCUGUGGCCACCCUGCCCCAAUGGAGAGAGGGGAAGGCCAUCACCUGUCCCCAUCCUCCCGAUGCAGUGUUUCCAGGAAGACAGCGGAUGGACUGUCCCAACCCCCACUGGGAAAUGAGGAGGCAGUGGCUCGGAGGUAGUGACCGCAUGGCUAGUGUUACAGUGGAACACGAGAAAUCCUGAAGUUGGUCCACUGACCUGUUCCCCAGGCAUUCCCAUAUAAAGACUUUUUCUAUAGAAUAUAAAAUCAGAGUUCCUUUGCUCUGCUGACAAAAGUUGAUCCUGUAAGCCUUUACGUUUCCCUUCUUGCAAAAGCUGUUUAUGAGAACGUCUGUCUUCAGAGUUGCCUGGACUGCACAUGCGGCCAGCUAGGUCGCUCAAACCCACCGUGUCUGAAGGGGGAUGGUCCCCACGCGGAGGGGGCUGGGGAGCAGUCACGGCCUUACGUCCCCGGCUCCUGGAGGGGAGAGGGACAGGUGGUGGGCUCAGCACGCUUGCUGGGUGUCCUCCUGCCGUCUGUCCCUGACUUCUUGAGGGGGUGUCUCAAGGUCCGGGGAAGCAAGAGGAACCCCUGUCUCUUGUUGGUCUGUUGCUUUACUUGUUCUUCCCCCUUCUUUUUAAGGCUGGAAGAUGGCUGUCCCAGGUGAGAACAAAUCUGAUAAGGAAUAGAACAGAGUUGUCUGUUGAAACCAACCUGUACAGAAGGUGGCCCUGGGGUAGGGGGUGUGGGCUCACAGGCCUCCUCACUGAGUGAGGGGCAAGCCCAGCCCCAGAGCAGUUGGUUAGGGGAGAGCCACGACCAGCCCCAGGCCCCACAUCCCGCCCCGGGCUCUUUGCUCUCAGCACCUCCCCCUGUGAACCCACAGCCAGCUUCAGCCCAGAAGGCCGCUCAGCGGCCUCCACAGAGGUCCUUUCACUGUUUGCUCCACCAGGUCUGCCCAGUGUCACUUGGCUCCUAGUGGCUAAGCUGGAUUAAAAACUGGAUAUUUAAAGUAGACAGUGGGGAGCAGGGUGGUGUCGCCAUCACUGCGCCCAGAUGAAGACAGAGGAGAGGGUCUUCUCUGGGUUGGGGGCCCCGGGAGUCCGGGAAAGCAAGGCCAUGGCUCAUUUAGUAGCAAAACUCUGACAGGAUUUGCUACAUCGUAGAGUACAGAGUCCACCAAUAUUGCCUUAUCUUCCCAGACAGAAAACAGCCCCGGAAAGGUAGUGAGUACCGGUUUCCAGUACUGCAGAAAGCAGCGGAAGUACCACCGCGCUCUGUAGCGUGGUGUAUAUGCUGACACGCAGUCUAGCGCACACAGGAUGCCACACGGCGUAGACCGUGCACCAUGCUCUGUGGUACCACGUGUUCCUGCUGAGUUUUUGAUAUAUACUCCAUCCAACACUGCUAAUUAUGUUACUCUAUUUGGAAUGUGAACAUCUGGGCUCAAGUCCAGGACUCGCCACAGAUGUGUAGCCAACUUUCCUGAGCCCCGGGCUUCACGUUUCCAAGACCAGGGUCCUGCCACCACAGCACAGGCCGCUGCCGCCGUUCAACGAGCGCUGUGCUUACUGCACGGGUAUCGUCAGGUGCUAGCUCCUUCUGUUCGAUGGUAUUCCUCAAGAAAACAACCUCUCCCGUGAUUUUUAACCCAAACUUCUCUUCCGUCGUAUUUAACAUGGGGGCCUUUGAAAGGGCUCGGGAUUUGGAUGCAUCACCACAAGGUGGCGCUAGGUACCAACUCUUCCCAUCGACUGCCCCCACCCCACCUUGUUUGAGGUUAAAAUGUGUCCAUUUUUGUUGUCUUUGAAGAAAAAUGCCUACACAUGUGUUUUCUGGGUCAGCUUUACCUCGUAGGGUCAAUGCUGCCCUCAUUGGGUAAGCAGGCCAGGGUGCUUUUAUCCAGCGUUCAGUCUGCACUGCCUGUGGAAGGCAGCAUUUUUAGGCUCUGACAGGGUCUGCAGGGCCUCCCUCCUCCUCACCCUUGAACCGUUCUGUGGACUUGCUUUUCCUGCCGCCAGAGAUGAAAGCAAGCGAAGGGACUGCAGCGUGGACCCUUGUUUGCCUGGCACAUCGUUCAGACAUCUGUGACAGCCUUUGCUCCCCUGUUUCACUGUCGUCAGUCACGAGAGGGAAGCUGGGAAAUAAAUCGUGUCUACCAA